GGGUAUUUGUUACAACUCCUUUUCAGCCUGCACUCAAAUACCAUCCUUGGCAGCAUCAUUUUAAUGAAAUCGUGAUGAGGCCAAGUAGAAUGGAAAAAAUGUACACACUAUGGCUCUUUUUGAUUGAAAUCUUUUUACAUAUUUCCACAUCAAGCAGUGGCAAAGUCCCUGCAAUUAUAGUGUUUGGAGACUCCUCUGUGGAUUCAGGUAACAACAACUUCAUUCCAACCAUGGCCAAAAGCAACUUUGAGCCUUAUGGUCGUGAUUUUCCAGAUGGAAAUCCCACUGGUCGCUUCUCCAAUGGCCGCAUUGCUCCUGAUUUCAUUUCUGAGGCCUUUGGCCUUAAGCCAACAAUCCCUGCUUACUUGGAUCCUGCUUAUAGCAUAUCAGAUUUUGCUUCUGGUGUUUGCUUUGCAUCUGCUGGAACUGGCUAUGAUAAUAGCACUUCAAAUGUUGCUGAUGUCAUACCUCUAUGGAAAGAAGUUGAGUACUACAAGGACUACCGACAGAAAUUGGUAGCAUAUCUUGGUGAUGAGAAGGCUAAUGAAAUAGUAAAGGAGGCUUUGUAUUUGGUCAGCAUAGGAACAAAUGAUUUUCUUGAGAACUAUUACACAUUCCCAGAAAGAAGGUGCCAAUUCCCUUCUGUUCAGCAGUAUGAGGAUUUUCUCAUUGGACUUGCUGAAAACUUCAUCAAGCAAAUUUAUGAGCUUGGAGCAAGAAAAAUUUCUCUUACAGGGUGUCCACCCAUGGGGUGUCUGCCAUUGGAGAGGGCCGUCAACAUUUUGGACCACCAUGGUUGUUCGGAAGAAUACAACAAUGUGGCUUUGGAAUUCAAUGGAAAGUUGGGAUUGUUAGUGAAAAAGAUGAACAAGGAGCUUCCAGGGCUUCAAUUAGUAGAUGCAAAUGCAUAUGAUAUGCUGCUGCAAAUUGUUACACAGCCUUCUUAUUUUGGUUUUGAAGUUGCUGGAGUGGGAUGCUGUGGAACAGGAAGAUUUGAGAUGGGUUACAUGUGCGACCCAAAAAGCCCAUUUACAUGCACAGAUGCAAAUAAAUAUGUAUUUUGGGAUGCUUUCCACCCCUCACAAAAAACAAGUCAGAUAGUCUCAAAUUAUUUGAUAGAAAAACAUUUGGCAAAAUUUCUUUGAUUUAGUACAGGGACAAAAUGUCCUUCCCCUUCUAUAGGUAUGCUUGUGAUGUUCUGGAAAUGGGCAAUUAUUAAACCACUUUCGUGAAUGUAAUCAUGUAAUACAUUUAUACAUUGAUGUAAUAUUUUCAUUGUAAAUGUAACCCUCUAUGUCGAAUUGACAUCAAAAUAAUAUAAGGAUAUUGAUAAUUGCAUAUUUA